ACGCGAGAUCCGACGGCCUAAGUUAUCUCGUGCAGCUUCAUAUCGUAGUCAAAAAGUCUUGCCCCCUCCUUCUCUCUCUCCCUCUUUUCCCCUUCCCUUCAAUUCAACGACCUCCGCCAGAGGCCAGAGGUAGGACGCUAGGGUUUCGCCCACCGCCACCGCCACCGCGCGCCAUGGCCGAGGUCUCCCGGUACCAGAUCCUGGUGCGGCUGCUCGACGGCCGCACCCACUGCCUCCGGUUCUCCACGCCCACCGUCUCCGGCGCGGCGCUCCUCGACGCCGUGUCCGCGCUCUCCCGCGUCCCCGCCGUCUCCCUCCGCCUCGUCACCGGCCGCCUUGACAUCUCGCCCUCCUCCGUCCUCGCGUCCUUCCCCGAUGGCCAAUUCCCCUCCGCGUCCGCGCUCCUCCGCCUCCGGGGCGGCAAGGGCGGGUUCGGCUCCCUCCUCCGAGGGGCCGCCUCCAAGGCCGGCCAGAAGAAGACCAGCAACUUCGACGCCUGCCGCGACAUAAAUGGCCGCCGGCUCCGCCACGUCAACGCCGAGCGCCGCCUCGAGGAGUGGAGGGCCGAGGCCGCGGAUCGCCAGCUCGAGAAGCUUGCCGAGGACUUCCUCAAGAAGAAGGCCAAAGAGUCAGGCCGCGGCGGCGGCCGGCCUGCCGAGGUCGACAAGUACCUCGAGAAGUACCGCAAGGAUGCUGAGAGCUGCGUCAACGCUGUGGAGGAGUCCGUACGUGCCUCCCUUGGGAAGAGGAAGGCUGUCCCCAAGCCACGUGAUGCAAAGAAGCUUAAAAUUUGGAUGGGCAAGAAGAAAGUUGCAGAUGAUGAGAGUGAUAGUGACAGUGACAGUGAUGUGGAUGGUAAUGAGGGUGCGGAUGCAAAACCCGUAGCUCUUGAUCAUGGGAAUUGCUCAAAUGGAUCCAACGAAAGUGAGGAGGAGAAGAUUGAUCUGGCUUCAGUUUCUGGGUCACAUUCAGAAGGAGAGUCCUCCGGUGAGAAGUCCCAGAGCAGUGAUUCAGAGAAAAAUGGAAAUGCUCUUCAGGAAUCCAUGGAAGUAAAGAUUAGUUCAGGAUGUGAUUUUGAGUCGGGGAGUAGUUUGGAGUGUGAGGGGGGGAUGGCGGUUCAGCCUGCUCCCGUAAACACUUCUGAAAAUGGAACUUCUGAGAAUGGUAAGAGUACUCUUUCAGAAGAAGUUCUGAAAUCAGAUGCUCCUGAGAGCACUUUUGGAAAUGGUACUUCUGAGGGUAAGAAUACUCUUUCAGAGGAAGUUCUGAAAUCGGAUGAUAAAACCGAUGUGGAUAACACCGGUUCAGCUACAUCAUCACUCCUUAAUGACCCUGUUGUGCCUCAAGUAGAAGAAUCUGCUGAUGUAAAUAACGAAUCUCUACUUUCAGAGGAGCCUGUGGACCUGGCAACAUUCAGUUCAGCAGCAGAAUUGGAGGCACUUGGCAUGGAGAAGCUAAAGCUGGAGCUCCAGACUCGUGGAUUAAAAUGCGGUGGCACUUUGAAAGAGCGCGCUGCCAGACUGUUCCUUCUGAAAACAACUCCACUGGAUAAACUACCAAAGAAGCUGCUCGCGAAACCCAACUCCGGAGGGAAGUGAGAUGUAAUACUAUUCUGUGAAAAAAUUACGAUGGCAAGUUCAUCUGCAAUACUGUACUUGUUGUAAUGUGAUCAGAAACCUUUCGCCUUGGCACUGAAAAUUAAUGAGAUCUCUGUAUGUAUUA